CAGACUUCUUGUAACGUUCCACUAGCUGCGUCCCUACAAGGUCCAACUAGUCAACUGACUAUGGAGAACCCAGGCUUUGAGAUGCAGGAAGAGGGACACCCGAAUAUGGUAUCUAAAAUUCCACCGAAGAAUAAUUAUCCAUAUCCUUAUUUGUUUGAACAGAAAAAAACCUCUUGCUCCCUGAUGAAGAUCUUCCUGGUUUGCUUUUUGGCAUGCCUGAUAACCACGGCAAUCGGAGUACUGAUAUUAUCUCUAGUUUACGUGGGACAAGUUGGUCCCAAACCUGGCCAAGACAUGAUGGAUUCUGCGGUGGAGGAAAAGCCUUCACAGAAUAAAGCUGACAGUCGCUUCAGUUUUCUGAAUCAUCUUGGUACAUCCAAGGUUUUUAAAUUUGAAGGAGGUGCCAUCCAGUGGGCACGAUUCCGGAACAACCCAAAGGAUUACUCUACUGAGGCAGAAAUGAGGUUUGGAACCAGUAUCAACAAACAUGAAUCCAAAAUGACUCUGGGCACCUUAAGGAUUGUGAGCCAAGGACUGAGAGUCCCACACUGGCAUUUUAAUGCGAAUGAACACGGGUUCCUGCUACAGGGGAAAGCAUGGAUUGGUGUUGUAGACGAAGGGGGCAGUACGGUAACCACCUACAAUGUUACUGCCGGGCAGGUCAUUUUCUUUCCUAAAAACACACUGCACUGGGUGAAGAGCGUGGGUGACGAAGACUGUCUUUUCAUCCUCUUCUUCACUACUCAUGACGAACUGAGGACCCUUGAUGUAGAUGAUGCUUUUUUUGGGACCCCAGAAGAUAUUGCUUCAAGAUCACUGAAGCCUGAAGGAGGGGUGCAGUUUAUCAGGACAUUUGAGAAGCAAUUGGAAGAUCAAGCAGUAAACCUCCCUGCAAACCUGAACGAGCUGAUAAAAAACGCCAACUACGAGCAGUCGGCCAACUCUUCUGUCUGGAAGUACUUUUAUGAUCUGAAAGGCUCCAGAGAAUUUAUCUUCCCGGGGGGGAUCAUUCAGUGGGCGCGCUAUCGCAAGAAUGGAGUUGGCUUAAAUGAGAAUGAAAAAAUCUACAGUGAAUCUCUAAACCAGAACGCCGACACACUCACCCUCGGGACCCUACGGAUAUUCUCAAAUGGCCUCAGGCAACCGCAUUUCCACUUCAAUGCGCAUGAGAUGGGAUAUGUCAUCAGUGGAUGUGGUCAGAUUGGAAUUGUAGGGGACGAGCCUGUUUCUGAGUUUACGGUGGGCGUCGGCGAUGUGUUCUUCUUUCCAAUUGGGACUCAGCAUUACAUCAAAAGCGCGUGUGUAGAAGAUUUAUUGAUGAUACUGGCCUUCAGCACUGGGAACCAGCUACAAACCCUGGAUAUGGAUGAUUAUUUCCAUGCCACCUCUGAUCACAUCCUUGCUCAGCUCUUCCUAAAGAAACAACCAGAAUUCAAGAAGAUCCCAGUAUUUACAGAGGACCAAGCUGUGAACAUACCUUAAUUCCAGUUUAGGUGUCCCAUUCACCGUCACGUUGCCUUUGCUAUAUGAGCUAGCUUGCAGCUCUGAUGUCUGUCUAUAUCUACUGGUUGGGAUUCAGGACUUCAACUUUGGUUAAGAUGACUUAGACCUUUUGGGUAACGCUUGAAGACUCUGAUAAAUGCACGUGAUAGAAUGUUCAUAGGAAACAUCCUUGUACUUCUACCUUAUAGAGUAUGACUGGUCAUGGUAAUGUUACUAACAAAGGUCAUGCUAGCAUUUUCAUGCAUGAUCCUGCAAUAUCUUAUCUUGGAUAUUUAUAUUAAUAUAAAGAAACAGACCUAGGUCCACCUUGCCCACCCCGUUACUCAUCUCUGUGAAAAGACUAGAUUACUCCUUAUUCUAGUUGACUCCUCAAAUACUCAUUGUAGAUGUAGAUGACUGGGGUGUAAGUAUCUAUCAUAAUCACUUCAAGAUCAAGAUCUCCUUUUGGAUGAGGUCAAUGAUUGGUAGUCCAUAUUGGGAUUAGGCAGAAGUUUGGCAUUCAGGCCAAUAAUGAGAUCAGAUUAGGGUCUGUAUGGACCAGUCAGAAGAAGAUUGCUUUAGUCAAUCCAGUCCUUGUCCCAUGGGGUUUUCCAGGUUGCCCAACUGAUGUCUGGCUGAGCAGGCAAGUAUUUUGUUCCUAUACAUGGGCUCAAUUGGCACACAAUAUUGCCUGUGUAAGGCCAGUGUAACUGCUGUUCUUUUGUUGCUUGUACCCUCUAUGGCAGUGAUCCCCAACCAGUGUCUCAGGGGCAACAUGUUGCUCACCAACCCCCUUGGAUGUUG